UGAUGGUUAUGUUUGUUUCAGGUGACAAACAGUGGAACAGAAGUGGACACUGGUCAUGUGGAAUCAGCCAGCACCUCUGGAGAUGAUCCCCUUUACACCCAACAUUCCGAGAAUAAGUCAGCUUUCAGUACAGAGGUAAAAAAAUGGGUAAUGGAUGAAAAAAGUCAUAAUCCAGAAUCUGGAGAUAAUCAGCAGCAGGCAUCUGCACUCCUAAAUCAGGUAGCAGAUGAAAUGUUUGCUGGUGACCAAUACUGUAUACUGUAUACUGUGGAUACAAGCACUCCUCAGCUUCAUGAGGUAAGCAGCCAUGAUGCCUGUUCCAUCAGUAGUUUGGAAAACAGUGAAGAUGACUAUGUCCCUGAGUCUUCAUAUAGUAGCUCAGAUACAAGUGCCUGCAGUCAUACAAUUUCAUGUACUAAAAAGAAAGCUGAAACUAAAAAAAAUCUUUCACUCAGUCCUACUACUGGUCUGUCCAGUGCUAUAGCUGACAGUGAAGCUGAAGUUGGGCAGUCAAGCUCGGUUUUGGUCAGAGGAAUUUCAAAGACAUCUAAAAAACCAAGAGUGUAUGACAAGAAACAGUACUGUUUGUUUUGCAGCAAACCACUAUCAAAAAUGGCAAGACAUUUAGAGCAGGUUCAUAGCACAGAGUCAGAAGUUGCGAAAGCUUUGAGUUUUCCAAAAGGUUCAAAAGAAAGGAAAAACUUGCUAGAUCACUUAAGGAAUAGAGGGAAUUUUGCUCAUAAUGCAGAGGUUGUACAGUCUGGAAAAGGUGAUCUUGUACCUUGUAAGAAGCCGAGAAAAGAUUGUGACUCCAAAACCUUUGUGCACUGCUCCAACUGUCAAGGACUCUUUGCUAGGAAGUAUCUUUGGUGUCAUAUGAAACGAUGUGAGCUGAGUAAAAAUGUUAAAUCCCAUCCCAAACCAGGAAAGAACAGGGUGCUCUCACAAAAUGCUUACAUGGGACCUGCACCUCCUGGAACUAGUGCUGGCCUGUGGAAACUGUUAAGUAAUAUGACCUAUGACAGUGUGCUGCUUGCUAUUAAUUCGGACUUCUAUAUCAGAAGAUUGGGGGAGUGUUUUUACAACAGAGUAGGCUCAGAUAUCAGCAAGCAUGAAUAUAUUCGACAGAAAAUGAGGGAAGUUGGAAGAUUACUAAUUACAGCGAGGGAAGUUACACCCUUGCGUAAAAUGGAGGAUUUUAUUGACCCAGCUAACUUUAUGUAUGUCAUAACAGCUGUUCGAAAAUCCAGUGGUUAUGAUGAAGAAAAGUGCACAUUUCAACGACCAUCCCUCGCAUUAAAGCUUGGUCAUAGUUUACAGAAGAUUGCUUCUUUGGUUUCAUUUCAAGCAAUGAUGGAUCGAGACAGUGAAAGAGCAGAAAAAGCACGCAACUUUUCAGAAAUGUAUAUGGCAAGAUGGAGCGAGCUGAUAUCAUCACAUGCACUCCGGACUCAGAGAGAAGUUAAGUGGAAUGCUCCACUUGUUCUUCCUUUUACUGAGGAUGUGAAAAUGUUACAUUUGUUUCUUGACCAAAAGCAAGAAGAGUACUUUCAGAGUUUAUCCAAAGAUGCUUCCACCAAGAAUUGGUCACAGCUUGCUAAGAUUGCUCUGGCUCAGACUAUCCUCUUUAAUCGGAGAAGAGAGGGUGAGGUCUCAAAAAUGCCAUUAAAGGCAUUUAUCAGCAGAAAUGCAGAUGACUUGCAUGAGGAUAUUGCUCUUGCACUUUCUGAGCUUGAAAAGAAACUCUGCAAUCAUUUUACCCGAAUUGAAAUUCGUGGAAAGAGAGGACGAAAGGUUCCGGUUCUUUUAACACCUGUAAUGCAAAAAAAUAUGGAGCUUCUUGUAGAGAAAAGAGAAAAUUGUGGUAUUCCAUCCGAAAACAUUUACAUGUUUGCACGUCCCGCAGCAUUGUCUCAUUUUAGGGGAUCAGAUUGCCUUAGAGAAUUUGCAACAGAAUGUGGAGCAAGGAAUCCAAAGGCACUUUCUUCGACUAAGCUGCGUAAACACAUAGCAACAUUGUCCAAUGUUCUGAACCUCAAUAAUACAGAAUUGGACCAGCUAGCUGACUUUUUAGGGCAUGAUGUGCGAGUACACAGGGAAUAUUACAGACUUCCAGAAGGCACUCUACAGCUGGCCAAGAUCAGCAAAAUUUUGAUGGCAUUAGAGACAGGAAGACUUGGGGAGUUCACUGGAAAGAACCUAGAUGACAUUGACAUUGAUCCAAAUGGUAUGUUGACUGGAGAUCAUGUAAUAAUUGUAGGCACAUGGAAAUAUAAAAGAUUAAAAAAUGGAUAUACUGUAUAUGUCUCAAGUCAUUUUAUUGGUGUUUUAAUAGAGGCAGUAUUUGUUCAGAGUUCAGAUUUCUCAAGGGAUUUAUCAGGAACAGAGAAUGAAUCAGAUGAUGAUCUUGGAGCAGACCUACACUUAGAACCAUCCCCAAAGCAAGCCCAUGAAACCUCAGCUGACCAAGCAGCUGAACCAACCAGUUCCACAUCAGUUCCCAAAGGUGUUAAAGUGAUAAAGAAAAAGAAAUGGGAGACAAGUGAAGUGAAAGCAGUUGAAAAGCAUCUGGACAGGUUCAUCAAAACUUGCACAGUGCCAGGAAAAAAAGACUGUGAAGCUUGUAUAAAAGCUGAACCUGUUGCACUGAAAGAUAGAGAUUGGUUAUCUGUUAAGUUCUUUGUAAAGAACAGAAUCACUGCUCUUAAGAGGAAGAUGUAACCCAGAAAUAUUCUCUAUAGUUUCAUUCAGUUAUGUUUGCACAGAAAUUGGCAGUUUUUGUUUUUGCUAUUUUCUUGUUAUUGAUAAAAUGAUUCUGCCAUAACUGUAUUCGAUACAGUAUUUUUUUUAUUUGAACAGAAUUACUGAUAUUAAGAGAAAGAUGUAACCUAGGAAUAUUCUGCAUAGGUAAAUUCAGUUAUAUUU